AUGACUUCACUUAAACAUCCGCUGACUCCGUUAACUCUUUUGCCCCUCGGACUGGCAUGCGAUCCCACCUCUAACACCAGCAACCGUGAUGAGGGUGCCAGCUGCUUGAGGUUUCCAACUCGCCAAGAAGUCUGGCGCUUCUCUGUGCAUGCGGUGCAACAGCGUCGCAUGGAUCACGAAGAGCUCGAACUCAGAGCUAACCAUCAUCGUUCUCUCGCGGCAGAAUAUGAAUCCCUCCUCGAGUUUCGAAGCAUGGAAUGUGGCGAAGGGCAACAAGGGACCAUGGAGUACGAAGUGUAA